GUAUUUUGACAGCAAGAUACAAGAGAUCCGUGAAUAUAUAGUCUGCAUUGAUUUCUUCUCUUGAGACGUCUGUAAGAACCUGUUGCUCUGGGAAGAUGUGGAAACUUUUCGCGGAGGGUUCGACGGACAGCUUUAUCGUCGUGUUGAGUGGCGGUUUGUUAUUCAUGGUGCGACCCACAAUCAGGCCGGGGCUGGCCAGGGGAUGGUAAUGUGCUGACCCCCGGACCUCGGAGCCGUGGCAGGUGGAUAGCCAGGGAGAUAAGGCCCCGCAUAUUUCUGCCCGUCCGUAUGACCACCGGCAACAUUUCCCAUAUGUAUCGUUACAAUUUAGCCAAUAUCAACUACUGCCGCCGCGGAAUGGCCGACAGCAAGAGAGCGGUAGCCGCGGAAAGAUGACAAAUUAGAAUCGCAUCGCUAACCAAGAGAAGGGAGGGAGAGUUGAGUUAGUUACCCGGCAUUCCGUACUGUCCACCCAGCAUAGCAGAAGCCUCCACAAAGCACUGAGGUGGCAAAUCCCCCACAAGACAUCAGCAUUGCCAAAGUCUCCGUGGGGUGUGUCAGGUGAUGGCUUAGGCCAACCGGAAUAUUAGAACUGUGGAUGAGAGACUGUGGUUUGCUAUUGAAAUUAGCAAUGUGAUCCGUUUGAUGUGGUCUCCACACCACAAGUGAAUAGCCCUUCCCCUAAGGUUACAUUAUGCAGCUCAAUCACAGAGACCCGGGGCGCAUUAACUAUUCCCAGCCAGCUCCUAUGUCUCCGUAGGACGUCGGAGAACAAUCGGCACAUUUUGAUGCGCAUGAAAUAUUCAAAAUAUUCCCCCAAUAUAAAAGCCCCUGUCUAAGGUAUCACAAAGUUUACAUGAUCUCCGGACCGUUGAGUGGCACAUGCUACAGCCGCCCCGUGUGGAGGAAAGAUGUCCCUCCUCGCCGAGCCGGGCACUUUUGGCACUUUUGGAAAGUUCCCAGCGACCAAGGCCAUACGCUGCACGCUGCCCAACUGCCAGUGUGAGUGCUUCUCGCCGGGGAAGACUCAGCUGCGCACAUGUGAGACCUGCAAACACGGAUGGGUGGCGCACGAACUGAGACUUGAACCUUUCAAACUCUCAGCUCUGGACAAGCUCAGCACUCGACACCUCUAUACCUCAACGCAACCGGAAAUCGUGCAAUCCAAUGUCGUCUUCGACAUCGCGAGCCUGGUGCUGUACGGGACCCAGGCCACCCCCAUCCGGCUGAAGAUUCUGCUGGACCGCCUCUUCAGUGUGCUCAAGCAGGAGGAGGUGAUGCAGAUUCUGCAUGGGCUGGGCUGGACGUAUGAAGACUAUGUCAGGGGAUACAUACUGCAGGACUGCCAGGGGAAGGUUCUGGAGCAGUGGAUCAUCGCCAGCAGGGACGAGGAGAUCAUCACCAUGCAGCAGUUCCUGAGAUUCGGCGAGACCAAGUCCAUCGUGGAGCUCAUGUUCAUGCACGCCAAGGACGGGAGCGGCGGGCCCUGCUGCAGCCCGCCCAAGACCGAGUCGGACAUUAGGGCGUUCAUCGAGAGCACCCACAGCAGACUACGCAGCCCCGGACAGUCUCGAAGCCCGGUCCUCUCGCCCCACACGGACGCCACGUCCACCGCGAGCACACACAGUAACGACAGCGUGUCUGUCAGCGUGCAGCCCUCCAGAAUAACCACCCCGCCGCCUCUCUUAGAAAACUACCCGCCGGCGUCCGUCACCCCGAAUGGUCUGGUGAUGGACCCCCAGCUUGCCGUGUCCACGGCGGAGAAUCCGUCGCCAACGCCUCAGCAGGCCCUGUCCCCCGUCAAGUCCGAACCCGGCAGCAGAGUCGAGAAGAGCCUCACGACAAUCCAGCAGGAGCAGGCGGACAUUCGGGCCAAGCUCGGCCUGGAGUCGUCGGUAAACGCGCCCCACAUGGAGGCGCAAGUGGUCCCCACCUCUCAGCAUGGGCACUCGCACUACGCAGAGAUGAAGCUGAAAAGCCUCCGCAAGGUCCACACCGAUCCGAAGAGACGGUGGAGCAUGUACCGAGGCCACGCCCACUCCAACAGAGUCAUGUGCCCCUCGUGCGGCAAGAGUUUCUACGACAAAGGCACGCUGAAGAUACACUACAGCUCCGUCCACCUGAAAAUAAAGCACAAGUGCACCAUAGAGGGCUGCAACAUGGUGUUCAGUUCCCUUCGCAGUCGAAACAGACACAGCGCCAAUCCGAACCCCCGGCUCCACAUGCCUAUGCUGCGGAAGAACCGCGAAGGCAACACGAAUACGGUCCGGAACAUGAUCGACAGUACGAAACCGCCGUCUUCGUGCACCUCUUCUCCCCUCGCCCAGCACAUUGCCACGACCAUCUCCCCUCUAACCAUCACAUCAGCCCCCUGCACUUCCAGAGAGUCCUCCCCUCCGAUAUCCACCAGCCCAGCGCUAACCCCUACUCCCCAUUUCGAUGCCAUCUGGAGCACGAGCAUGUUCCAUCGAGCGCUGGUGGGGGUCACAGAUGCCCUGGCUCACAUGGGCGGCCACACUGCCAUCCCCAUGCCCAUCAACCCAACCAUUCCCAUCUCCUCGUCACCCAGCCCCCUACCCUCAGUCUCACUCCCCUCAAUACCGCUGCCGCAAAACGACGUCAUACCAAAGAAGAAGUCCAGAAAGUCCAGCACUCCGAUAAAGCUCACCAAAGUCACUGAGGAAAUGGAAGAUAUCGACAGUGUCUCUACUGUAGUCAGUGAGAAGGGGGAUGAAAAUGAGGUGGUGGAAGAGGAUGCGAGAGGUGGCGGGGAAGAGAACAGUACCGAACUCAGCCAGGAGCAAGUCCGAAAGAGAAAGAGCAAACCUCCCGAAAAAUGUACCCAAGAAGAAGAUGAGUAUCCCGAGAGUGAUAGCACAUUACGAGAAAGCCCUGACCAACUCAAAGACAAGAAACUAAACUCUUACGAGGAAGACGAGAAAGGCAAUAGUCCAAAAAACGGCGAUGAUGGUGCCAACAAUGAUGGGAAGACGGAGGAAAUGUUAGAACACAAAGACGACGACUGCAGAAAGGACGAAGACAAACGGGACGAGCAAUCAGAUGAGGACAGUUUUUCCUGCAACGGGAACGAAAACCCCGGUAGCGGGCAUACCAAAGAAACAUUGUCAGACGUAGCUACCCGGCUGGCUGCUAACUUUGGGCUAUAUAACCUGGGCAGCGAGAUGUCGGGCGUUAGCAGUUUCAUUCCAGUACAGAAAAUUAAGCAGGAAAUUCCCGACCAGCCCGACAGUCUGAGUCUCUACGGAUCCUUUUUGAAAGGGUCUCCCUUUGAGACAAGUCCCCUGUACCCUUAUCUGUACGGGCAGAAAGCCAUUCCUGAAAUGAGUCUACCGCAAAGCAUAAUGCACAGUCCCUACAGCGAAGUGCACGCACACAGAAUGGAGGUCAACCAGAGCCCCUCGGACCGCUCGGGCAACGAGUCCCCCGACGGCAUGUCCUUCAACUCUAAAACGUGUCACGUAUGUGGCAAGACCUUCAAGAGUACAUACAGCGUGAAGCUGCACUACAAGAAUGUACACCUGAAGGAAAUGCACACCUGCACCGUGGACGGGUGCAACGCCACGUUCCCCUCCAAGCGCAGCCGGGACAGACACAGUGCAAACAUCAACCUCCACCGCAAGCUCCUCACCAGAGACAUGGCCGACGGCACCAAGGCCAGCUUCAGCUACGGGCAGAGCUUGCGGGACGAGUUCCUGGCCAAGAUUUACGGCAGCCAUGGCCUGGCUCUGCCCAUGACCAACGGGGACGGGCGCAUCCCCGACUUCUCCGUCCUCCCCCACUUCGGCCACGACGUGCAGAGAAUCCCGUCUUACAGAGAAGACUACAACCACGGCAUCGAGAGCACGGAGGGAGACGGUAGAAACGGGGAAGAUCUUGAGGAUGACGCCUGUAGCAAAGCUCCCAAUGGAGAGGUGACCAAGCCUCACGACGUGCACGAUUCCAGCGCAAUAGACUUGCGAACGAGAGGAAACGAACCGGGGGACAGCCCGGUGUUGGAAGAUGGCGACCAGCAGGACUUCGAAGACAAAAAUCAGUCGCACGGUUCGGAGGCGGAUGCUGACGAAAGUGAUGACGUUAGCGUAACCAUCGAUGGGGAAGACAUCGAAGAGAGAAGUAGCCCGGACAGUAGCGAAGUCUUCGCUUCCAACGGUGGCGAGAGGCCGCUACAGUUGGUUGGGUCUUCUAGCGAACAGAGUAACACUACCUCAUUUAAACCUGCAAGUUUCUACAAGAAUAGUUCCAUCGUCUGCAACCUUUGCCACAAGCUGUACAGCAACAAGAGCACCCUUCGUGUGCAUUACAGGACGGUGCACCUGCGCGAAAUGCACAAAUGUAAGGUUCCCGGGUGCAACAUGAUGUUCUCUUCUGUCCGCAGCCGCAAUCGCCACAGCCAGAACCCCAACCUGCAUAAGAACCUCUGACUGUCCGAUGCGGGCUGCUCGUUUCUUCCACACUGGGGCUCAAAAUUGGUCAAUUGUUGGCAGAGUUAAUGGUUAAGGCUGUUAGGUGGAAUGUUUGGCAAGUUAGGUAGGGUUGAUUAGUCGUAGUAGUAGAGACAACAGCGUUAUACCACACCGCAGGAGUUGGAUUAGAUGUGUCUCCAAAGGGUGGUGUUUACAAAAUAAUUUAUGAUUGCAAUUUUGUCAAAGAAAUACCAAAGACGAUGACUUCGAAUCUGUUGAUUUUUGGCAAAGUUUCUACAAUUUCAGAUGCAUGGCAAUAACUAUAGAAAGGACUAUACCAAAGAUUAGCCAUUAGUCCUGAUCCACAAGCACAGCACAAUCUGAAAUGAUUCGGCAAUCUUAAUACACAUGUACUUAGCUUCUUUCGUGCAGUGAUAGCAUGUCUGUGACAGGUAAAAAGUGCACACAAAAUGAAGGUAGAAAAUUUUGGCAAGCCAUGAAGGAAGUUCUCUUGGCAGACUAGAGCUUAUUUGUUACUUAGAUUUGUAGUUUUUGAUCAUAUUAGCCAAAUUUGGAGAAGCCAUUUUGUGACAGAAAAAAACACAGUGAAGAUUGUAAUACAUUUGUUGGAUGCUGCUGAAAUGAGAUUUAUCUGGUUUCCACUUAAAAAACGAGAGUGAAUCACAGAAAAGCCUCGCAAUAGAUCAGCUUUGAGCCCCAUGUUUCAAACCAAAGAGUAUUUGUAAAGAAGCUUUAAUACUGAAAGGAGACCAAAAGCACUAUAUUUCGUACCACAUUACUACUGUAAGCAGCAAAGUGACGUCCUAGCUGCCCCAUAUAUGCUGGGGACGUGUUUCUAUCUGUGUGUGAAAAGGCAAGCACUAAACUAGAAUUUCCUUCUUGGUAUAUGGGAGGAAGACCAGGAUUAUAGGGUAAAUGACAGUUAGGUUGAUAAAUGGGAUGUUCUGAUUUUUCAAUUGUUACCCAAGAUGUGUAUGAAUUUCCAACUAAUUGUUGUGUUCUGGCUGUGUAUGCGUCCACACUGUUGUGUAUCUGUCCAUAUUUCUGUGAUGUUUCUCGUCGCUGAUUGUUCUCGAAAUGACCUGAGGUCGCGUGUGUUUCUGAAACGGUAGGAACUGCUCUAGCAAAGCCUCUCAUUGCCAACAGCAGGAGGUUUGUCAGCACAACAUUGUGUUCGUAGGGUUCAAUGUCAAAGGGCCUGUGUCGGCCGAACAAUGUAAACCAAAGACUUUUGUACUGAAACCACUGUUGGUACGUAUGUGUGUGUACAUGCCCUUUAGCCUCCCGUCAUUCGUUGUCCAAGGGAGGAAAACAGAGAUAUUUAUAUACGACACAGUCUUUUUGCAUAUCAAAGAUGCACUGUGUGCCCUUAAGGAAUGGCUGUUGUACAGUUGGCCAAAUUUGUGUCGUGUCAUUCGUUAUCCUCGCUUCACUGUGCACUGGAGCACCCAACGAUGAUGAGCGUAACAAGAGCCGAGAAAAGUAUUUUGAUGUGCCAAUUUAUUGAGCUCUCUGCCAUAUGGUUUACCGUGUUAUCAAUAUUACAGCGAUUGACCAGGAGAAACUGGGACAGCUGUCAGUAGUAGGGAAUAAUGCAGCUGUAGUUUUCCCGAUGGGCAGGGUGCUGGAGCACUAGGAAGGAAAAUGACCUGCUCAAAUCAAUACGUUAGACCUACAUGCCUAGUGCUCUAAUUUAUAUGUUGCCUUGCGGUGUUGUGAAACACCAACGAUACCAAAGAAAGUACACUGGUUCCAAAGCUUUAGAUGGUAAGGCCUAGGAAAGCAAAUGUUGUGUUUUCGAUUGUGCUUCUGAAAAAAUAAAAAGAGUUGGUUUGUUAGAUGUUGGCAGAAGUGAUCUGUAACAAAUAUAGUUUGCAACAUGGAUGUAAACACGAAGUUGAAGGUUUGUUGGGUCUGUUAAUUAUGGCUUUUUCUAUUGAAACAGAGAAAAGGAGAACAAUUCUACAACGUUUCUUCCACUCAGAUGUCGGAACAAAAAGGCCAAGUUCGGCAGGUUUUUGCUAGAGUCUGUCCGGUUAUCGGAAACACAACAUUUUUCCUAGGCCUGACCUAAACUAUAUUUACCAAAAAAAUCCUCACGCCGUGCCUCAGGGAGAUAGAAAUAUAUAUAUAUGGCAGGCUGGGUGGUUAACUUUAAGAUUUAUUCCAAAUAUCUAUAUAUCAUAUAUUGGAAUAUUUAGCAAUACGUAGCGUGUCUGUAAGCAAUUAUUAUACGUGUCAGUUUUAUUUUUCGUAAUAUAUUAUAUAAAUAACCUUUUUGAAAGGUUUGUAGCCAUAGUGUUUAUUACCGUACCACAAGAGUAUUAUUUUUGUGACUGGUGCUAGUUUUAAAACAUAGCCGUGCAGUAUUUUGCAUCUUGUUAUGAUAAUAUACAUGUAUUGUAUAUAUAUAUAUAUAUAUGAAUAUAUUUUGUGUAUCGUCUUUAUGUGCAAAAAAUUGUUCUGUUGUCUUCCAGAUAUCUUUGUGGCUUGGCCAUUCAUUUCUAAGAAAUGACUCAUUUGUGGAAAGUAAGAAAAAUGUCCAUUUACACAAUCAGGUAGAUGGUAACACAGACUCUGUGUCCAGUGACUGUAGCGUGGACUAUUCUAGUCCCCCAUUCCACGAGACGGCAAUCGUGCUGUGAUGUCAAUCGGAUUUGUAUAGCCCUUGACUUCAUAAUUGGACUACUAGUAUGACAAAAAAGACAACAGAAUACACGAAGUGUAGAAAUUCGUUGAGCAAUCGUUAAAAAUUCCAAGUCGCAGUGUGUUUGCCACUCCGUUGGAAUGGGGUUAUUAUUAUUGUGUAGCGGAGAAAAAAAAGUCUGGUUCUUACAGGAUUGUGCUCCCGACUAUAGUGGUACCCUUUUCGGUCUGUCUGAUUGAGUAUUGUAUGGUCAGUGCACGUCGAUCUGUCACCAUCAUAUGGUAUGUUGUUGGCGUUCCUUGUGUGCGUCAUUUGUACGGCUCCCAUACGUCAGGUUUCCAUUUGGCAUGUUGCGUCCAUUUCUCAAAAUCUGAUCCAACCCCGCAACAGCUACUACGGAAGACCGAGUAGAUUAAUUUUGGCCGUGUCACAAUUGUGAUAUUAGUAUAUCUGUCAUCCCUGACUGGAGAGUGCCGGGAAAACGGAUCUCAUUGUGGCGAGAUUGACGGAUAAAAGCGAGUCUACCGCUGAUAAAAAUGGAUGUAUGCCACCCCCCGACCACAUGAUGACAUAUUGAUUUUACAUAGAAGACAUGCUUUCAUUCAGUCUGGCUCGAUUUGCCACUGCCAAGCUCCUUCUGUGUAAGAUUGGCGUUUUUCGGUCGCUUGUAAAACUGAAGAAAAAAAAUCACACAGGCACGCAGAUUGCCUGAAUGGUGACUUCUUUUCAAUUGCUUCGUUUUUACUGAACAAGUAUGAUUCACAAUUGGCAUUAUUUUGGUCUCUUGCAGAAAUUAAACAAUCCUACGGUCAAACAGGUUUCUUCAUGAUGCCUGUACUUUUUGAUGCCUCGUCCUUCUGUAAAGAAGUCUGCUUCAAGAUUGGCACGUUUGUGUGUCUUGUAAACCUGUAAAAAAUUGAAACAGCCAAAGAGAUGGAUAUGAGAGAAUUUCUUUUACACAACCAGUAUGUACUUAAGUUUUGGAAUUUAAAGAGAAGAUCUGAAUAAUGUUUAUGCUUUUUAAUUGCUUCUUCCUUCAAGAUCAGUAUAUUUUGUGUCUGGCUAAACUCUAGAAAUUGCACACAGUCAAACAGGUCUGACCAAAUGAAUAACUCAAUACAGUUUUGUGUUGCUUUCAGUGUAAGGAAAGCCAUAAUUCAGCUGUCGAGUUCUCUAAAGCCGGUGGGUUUGUCAGAAAGCGGACAGUUCACCUGGAAAACUAUCGGUAUUUUUUUACCAUGUUAGUUCAUCCAUGUUGGUACAUGUGCGUGACAUCAUGAAUGAAGACCAACAUAUUAAGUCUAGUUUUCAUUCAUAAAAUCAGUGAUAUCUGCUUGUCCUUUUGAAAAGACCAGAUUUUAUUGCUCUUUCCAUUCUCUAUGCUUCCCCUACCUUAACGGUAAACUAUUAGCAGUGGGUUAUUUUGAAAUUUGUAUUGCUGGCAAUGCAAGGAAAGGCAUCCCAAAGUAAAACAGCUUUGAGGUUCCCCAAAGUACAUGUAGCAGGUGGGUGGAUUGUCAAAUCUACAACUUCCAUCUCAAGAGUGCAGAUUCUGGAUCAGAAUUAGACUGUAGCUUUCAACACCAAAAAUUGGGCUUACCCAAAAUUCUAAUUCUGACCAACUUUAGUCUCUGUCAAGGAUCCACUGCCUCUGUGAUGUCACUUUUAGUAAAAUUUUACCAACACAGAUGAACUUUCAAGUCCUUAUUCUACAUCUCUGUUCAUUCUCUACUUCCCCUCAUCUUGCACCCUAAUGGCUGGAGCAGGUGGUCAUUUCAAACCCAACGCUGACCAUUCCUAAACAACGUUCUCACUACAGCGACUUACAUGCCUGUUGAUAACGUCUUAUUGGUUUUUUCCUCUUUGAGACGCUGACUGGGAUUAGGGGUCACGUAACUUCUGUCUUGGCAAUUUUCCUCUCCGCUCAUUUGCGUCCACUCCGGCCCAGAAAGGUGGCCCAUAUCUCCCGCUUUGCACCAAAUCUGAUGCCAAUUAUUACCUCAAACCAACGACACAACUACCUCCUAAUCCCUUCGCUUCAGAGUCAAUCACGCUAGCAAUACCAAAGACAGCCCCGCAGAUAAGGACUUAUUCCCCAAGAGUGAUAUUUUGUGACUUUUGGAUAUCCUGCAUUCCUACACAUCGAGUUUGUUCUUUUCACACACUCAAAAGUGCAAGCUGAUUUUAACAGUGUAGAAUGAUAUGUUUUACCUGGAAGAUGUGAGAUAUUUUACCAGAUUAUUAUACAUUGUCAAGAUAUCUUUUCAAAGAUUGUCAUUGAUUUUAAGCUUGCUCAUGUUUCGGAGAUGUGACGUUUCAAUAUUGUCUGUAAUAAACGUAUCUGUAAGGUACACUUGG